UGAGCGUCCGAAGUAUCGCACGUCCAUCGCCAUGGCUCGUCCGGACGUUGGCCAAGUGGUGGCAUGGUAUAUCUGCACGGUCGCUGCAUGCAUCUUCCUCGUGUUUCGGCUGAUCAUCCGGUGGCGACUCCUCAAAAAGCUCUAUCUCGAUGACUUCUUCGUUGUUGCCGCCGCGUUGUGUCUGAUCGGUGACUUGGGCAUUCAGCACUACAUGUUCACCCAGGGUUUGUCCUUUCUUUCGCCUACUAGUGCUCCGUGCGACGAUCGGGAUCUGCAUUCCCAAGCAUCCACACCUCCGCCCGUUGCUGACUCUGUUCUCCCCCUGCCACAGUUGAUCAUUCCCGGGUCCACCUUGUAUGUCACCUCGCUCUGGCUUAUCAAGGCCAGUAUGGUGCUGUUCUACAAGCGCCUGGCCGAUCGCACCAAGUAUCAGACCAUCUAUAACAUCACCCUGGGUGUCCUGGCCGCUGCCUGGCUGGUGCUGUUCUUCGACAUCGUCUUCAAGUGCUAUCCGCCAGAUCGCCAAUGGAAGAGCUUUGAGAAUCCGGAUUUGACGUGUUCGGCGAAACAGUCGACGAUUAACUACUGGUUGACGAUCCUAUUCAACAUCUUCAGUGAUGUCUUCAUCAUCUGUCUUCCUAUCUCUCAGGUAGCCCGUCUCAAGAUGCCGAGAAAGCAAAAGCUCGGUGUUAUCUCCGUCUUUCUGCUGGGUGUCAUCGUCGUCAUCACUAGCAUUAUCCGUGCUAUCUACUCGCACUUGGGCGAGCAGAUGAUCACUUGCACGGUCUCCAUGAUCGAAACUGCCAUUGCAAUCAUCGCAUCGUGCCUCCCUGUCCUACGCACGCUGGUCUUCGGCUCCCACUCACGCACCGGCACGUACAGCGGCCGUCGAGGAUACGAGCUGUCCAACUCCGGAGCUGCGGGAUUGGCCAGCAAGCAGCAUACCACGGUGUCCGUAUCGCGCGGGGGGGCGGACGAGCUGUCGCGGCAUGACUCGGAAGAUGAGCUGGUUAAGGAGAAUAUGUCGGCCGAAGAUCCCACUGCGGGCAUCUCGGUGACACGGGAGUAUUUCGUACAUGAGGGCGCAAUGGAACGGCAGAGCAUGCGGUAG